CGCGGCGCGCCACUGCUCUGCCGCCUCCCGCUCGCCACUCCGGCCAGUGCCUUACGAGGCGCGUCUCGGAGCGGGCGCGCAGUACGUUUGUAUUUAUGCACGUUGUCGCACUGUAUUCGGUCGAUGUCGGCGGCGUGCUCCUCUGACGUAAACACAGCCGCGUGUAGUGACUAGUGAGUGGUGCCACUCGUACAGCUGUGCUCGGUCGCUCCUGCGGCCUUACCCCGCGCUAUGGGUUGCGCCCGAGGCCUCUGCACCGCUGAGAAGAUAUUUGUCUUCAUCAACAUCGCGUUCGCGAUGUACAGCGGCGCGCUUCUGGCUACGGCGGCGCGGCUGGCGUGGGACCCUAGCACCUACACGUGGUUCCGGUUCCUGUGCGCAGCACAGUAUCGCGUGUCAGCCGCGUACGUGCUGGCGGCAGGCGUGUGGCUCGCGGCGCUGGUGUACCUCGCCGCAGCCGCCACCUCGGCCGCGCGCGCCGCUCCGCGCUGUCUGCACCUCUACGCGUGCGGCGUGGUGUGCUUGGCGGCGAGCGAGGUGGGGUACGGCGCGUGGAUGGGCGCGUCGCUGGCGGCGUGGUGGCGCAGCGCACCGCAGGCGGAGCUGGCGCGGCGCGGCAUCGACCUGCUGCAUGACAUCAAGCCGGCGCUGCUCGCCGUCGAGCGGUACCGCGACGUGGCGCGCCCGCUGUACGACAUGAUCGAGGAGGUGGAGCGCGAGGCGCCCAACAACGCGUUCGUAAUCGCCGUGUUCGGAGUGCUCGGCGCCGUGCUGCAGGUGGCGGCGUUCGUUAUGGCGCGCAAGUUGGCGAGCAGGGCGCGCGGGGCGCGGGAGGCGGGGGCGCGCGCGCCCGCCGCAGACAAGGACGCCACGUCCGCUUGCGACGACGACAGCGACGCGGGCGACGCGCGCCAUCCGCCGCCCGGUUGGACCAAGAAGGCCAACCUGCGCAUGUACACCAUCCUCGACAAGAUUUUCUACCGUAGCGGGAUGAGAGUACCGCGGCGAGCUCGCCGCCGGGCCGAGCACGGACAGGAGCCACGCAGCCACGGGCGCGCGCCGUGCGGAGACGUGCGCGGGGCGGCGGGGGCGGCGGAGCGGCGGCGCGCCGCGGCCGCGAUGUCGGCGGGGGCGCGCGACGUGGCGUGGGACGCGGUGCACGCGCAGUUCCGCGCCACGCGCGCGCGCCUGCCGCCGCAUUCCGCCGCUGCCGCCGCCCCCACCGCCCCUCCCGCCCCCACCGCCGCUUUGCUCAUCCUGCACAUAAAGUUGAUUUACAGUCCACACCACUUUUAUAUGCCUAUACACGGUGAUUAUGAAUUAGCAAGCAUGGCGCUGCAGGCGAUAGAGACGAGCGAGCGUGCAGCGGGACCGGCCGAGACAAUCAGCAGGCUCAUGGCGGGCUGCGUGCGGCUGUUGCCGAUCCUGCUCACCAACGUAAAUGUGUUGCUCGCUAUGAUCGGGGGCGGCGCACUGGUGACGGCGGCGCGCUUCAAAUGGGACCCCCUCACGUACGUAGUGGUGCGCUUGGUGUUCCCUGCAGAGUACCGCGUGAUGGCCGUCAUGCUCACGGUGGGCGGCAGUGCGCUGGUGCUGCUGCCGCUGUUCGCCGUCGCCACGCUCGGCUGCAGCCGUCCGGGAGUGCGACGCUUGCUGCUUUUUGUGUACGGGGCCGCGAUGUGCGCGCUGAUACUGGCGGAGGCGACGUGGUGCGGCUGGAUGGUGAACCGGCUAAUGGCAUGGCUGGCGUCCCAGAAGGCGCAAUUCAUCCAAGAGGCACUGGGCCUUCGAGAACACAUCAAAGCGUUACUAAAUUUUCUAAGUAGAAUACAUACGUUGCCGAAAAUUAUAGCGGAUCAGAUUGAGGAAGCGGAGGCGGACCUGCCGCGCAACCUGUACGCAGUUGUGGCGGGCGCGGCGCUGCUGGUGCUUUUGCAGGUGUCGGCGGUGGCGCUCGCGCUGGCCCUGGCGCUGUGUGGCUCCCGGGCCCGCCGCGCGAGUCGCCUCUCGCACAGUUGGGCGACCACGAAUACCGCGCUCACCGGCGACAUGAGUGAGAAAGCGCCGCUCCGAACCGCGUACAAGAAUGGCCGCAUCGUGAUCCUGUAGGCGAAGGAGCGCGUGCAGACAAGGCGCGCCUGACGGUCAAACGUUACCUUCACGUAGAUUUCGGGAGUGAUUCAUAUUUCAGUGACGCGCCUUCACCCGCUGAAAAGUUUCCUGGGAAAAAGUAGCAUGUCCUACUCAGGGUCCUAAACUGUCUCUGUGCCAAAAAUCGAAACCCUUUGGUUAGUUUUUGAGUUUAUCGCGUUCACACAGGCGGACAGAUGCGGCUUGGGACUUAGUUUUAUAAUAUAUUUUUUAAAACUUUUUAGAGGAACAAUUCCGUCAUACGUGAUGUUGCAUAAUUUUAACCAUUUAGGUACGCAGCGCACGCAAUGGGAGCCCUCAAAAGCCAUGCAAUUUGCAAUAUUUUUCAUUGAUACUCCGCUCCUAUAGGUUAUAGCGUGAUGUUAUAUUUAUAACCUAAAGCCUUCCGCGAUAAAUGGGCGUUCCGAUAACAACAUACAUAUAUCUCAUAAACUACUAAACCGAUUUUGUUUUUUUUCACUACCUGAUAGGCAUUCGCAUUACUCCUGAGUGCUAUAGGCUACUUUUUGUCCCGGGAAAGUAAGUAUUUAUCCCGAAAAAAAGAUCACACGGGCGGAGCCGCAGGCGAAAGCUAUUUAUUAAGUAUAUAUACAUACUUAAUCGCGGCCCGACAUGCUCUCUCGUCUCUUUAGAGUGGUGUAUAUUUGGUGUCAGUAAGCGAAUGUAAGUAUAGACGGUCUUUUCAUCGCGACACCAGACGCGACACAGGAGUCGAAUUUAAAUUUACUAAUAGAAGUAAGCUUUUGUACUACAUCAUUUAGAUAUAAGUAAGUAAUAUAAAUAAAUGAAUCUUAUAUUUGA